AUGGAGGACGAUUCCAAUACUAGUACUGUGAGCACUACUCCGCGCACCUCGGCUACGGUCACCUUGAAUCCACCCACGACCUUGCCCUUGACCCAGUCCAUUACUAGGGAUUCCUGGUGUUCCGAAUGGAUGAGUCUUUGCAAGUCGCGGGGAUUGCCAUGGAACAAUAAUCAUCGGCGAUGGGCGGCUCCAGCAGCACCGCUUCUGGAACUACCGGAGGUACUCGUUACAACGAGUACGCAUAGCGAAGGGUCGUAUGCGGAAUUCGAAGACAUGGAAUGGAAGGCUUAUUGUUCUCUUGCAGCAGUUGCUCGGAUGGAAGAAGAUGACGACGCUGCAGUAUCCACAGAAGUCACAGCUUGUGGUCCUCCACUCGCUUUGAAACUGAGUAUCCAUUGCUCUUUGCCUCACACUGGAAUAGGAAGUGCCCUCUUUUUGAAUGGUCAAGAUGCGGCACUGAUCCGAGCCUCCUCCAUCGUCGAUGCAACUGGGCAGGUGGUACUACACAUGGUCAAUAGUCAAAAUGUCUCCUUUGCCAUUUUGAGCGGACCAGGAGAGAUCCAAGGAAGUGUGCGGCAAUCCAAAAUCAUAGGAAGCCAACAAUGCUCCGUGGCACAUUGCACUACAUGGAUUGGUCCGAGCGGUAGUCCGUGUGCUAGUUUGUCGGAAUAUGAAAAGGCCAGGCUGCAAGCAAUUAAUGGAAUACUACCUGUUGCGACCAUGGUGCGAGGUGAAGGGUCGUAUGCAGAAUUCGAAGACGUGGAAUGGAAGGCUGGUUCUCUUGCAGCAGUUGCUAGGAUGGAAGAAGAUGGCGACGCUGUCGCCUUUACAGAACUCAUGAAUUGUGGCGCGCCAGUAAGUAUCAAUUGCCCUCCGCCUCACAUUGGAAGCGGAAGUACCCUCUUUUUGGAUGGCCAAGAUGCGGCACUGAUCCAAGCCUCGAUCGUUGAUGCAACCGGCCAAAAUAGUCAAAAGGUUUCCUUUGUCAUUGUGAGUGGACCAGGAGAGAUCCAAGGAAGUGGAAGUGGCAAUUCAAAGCCAUCCAACAAUACUCCGUGGCAUAUUGCGUAUCAUGGAUUGGUCCGAGCGGUGGUUCUAUAA